AUUUACUCCGUGACUCUGAUGCUUAUCAACAACGCGUGAAGAUUGCAAUAAGGAUCCUCCCUGGAAGGCGAGGAGGAGUGACUUCCAGGGGGUUGGGAGGAGGUGGAGUGCAGCUCUCGCCUAUAAGGAGGUGCCCAGCGCCCGGUGCCGCUUCCAGCUGCAGCUCGCGAGGUGCAUUGCCGCGGCGGCAGUCGGGCUGAGCGCUCGGCUCGGGCGCUGCCGCCGCCGUUCGGAACGGCUUCCCUCUCCAAACCAGGGCUGCCGAGCAGGGUCUCUCGGCUGCCCCUGCACCCGGAGUGCCUGGAUGCUGCGUGGAGUAAACGAGCGGAGAAAAAGGGAGCGCAGAGGCUGAGGCGCUCGGAGAACGAGACCGGGAGAGACAAGCGGGCGUCUGCUGGCUUCCCCCCGCGGGGCUGAAGAUGGAUUCCCCAGCCCUCGGGGCUGUCGCUCUACUGUUUGCCGGUUUUUGGCACCUGGGAUUAACCGCGACAAAUUAUAAUUGUGAUGGCACGUUGGUAUCUACCUUACCUUCAUCAGCCUUUACCAGUUCCUCUGAGUUCUUCAGUACUCACAGUCCCAGCUUUGCAAAGCUCAACAGGCGAGAUGGAGCUGGAGGCUGGUCCCCUCUGGACUCAAAUGAGCAGCAGUGGCUCCAGGUUGAUCUCGGAGACAGAGUGGAGAUUGUUGGGGUCGCUACCCAGGGCAGGUAUGGGAGCUCUGACUGGGUAACCAGCUACACCCUGAUGUUCAGUGACACCGGUCGCAACUGGAAGCAGUACAGAAAAGAUGACACCAUCUGGGUUUUCACAGGGAACAGCAAUGCUGACAGUGUGGUUCACCACAAACUCCCACACUCCAUGAAAGCUCGCUUCUUGCGCUUCGUCCCUCUGAAGUGGAAUGCUGGUGGUCACAUAGGGCUGAGAGUGGAGGUCUUCGGCUGUUCCUAUAAGUCAGAUAUUGCAGACUUCGAUGGCAGAAGUUCCCUCCUCUACAGGUUCAAUCAGAAGCUUAUGAGCACGUUCAAGGAUGUGGUUUCCUUGAAGUUCAAGAGCAUGCAGGAGGAUGGAGUCUUAUUCCAUGGAGAAGGACAACGUGGAGACUAUAUUACCCUGGAACUGCAGAAAGGGAAGCUCUCCUUGCACAUCAACCUGGGGGACUCCAACCUGCACUUUACGAACAGCCACACAUCCAUCACCCUGGGCAGCCUCCUGGAUGACCAGCACUGGCACUCAGUUCUCAUAGAGCGCUUCAACAAGCAGGUGAACUUCACAGUGGACAAGCAUACUCAGCAUUUUCGAACGAAGGGGGACUCGGAUCACUUAGAUAUUGAUUACGAGCUCAGCUUUGGAGGCAUUCCUGUCCCAGGGAAACCAGGAACCUUUCAGAGGAAAAACUUCCAUGGCUGCAUUGAGAACCUUUAUUACAAUGGAGUCAAUAUAAUUGACCUGGCAAAAAGGCGCAAACCUCAGAUCUAUACUGUGGGUAAUGUGACCUUUUUCUGCUCAGAACCACAGAUUGUUCCCAUCACCUUUGUCAGCUCCAGUAGAAGCUACUUGUUACUGCCUGGCACUCCUCAAAUUGAUGGGUUGUCAGUCAGUUUCCAGUUUCGAACGUGGAAUAAAGAUGGCUUACUCCUGUCCACCGAGUUGUCUGAAAAUUCAGGAUCUCUUUUGGUUUACCUCCACGGUGGGAGAUUGACACUUCUUAUUCAGAAAGUGGCAGAAGACCCAGUGGAAAUAAGUGAAGGCACCAAUCUCCAUGAUGGGCUUUGGCAUUCACUUAACAUCAAUGCCAGAAGGCAUCGCAUUACCCUGACACUGGAUAACAAUGCUGCCUCUGCUAGCCAUGCAACCACUGUCUCAAGAAUCUACUCAGGGAACAGCUACUAUUUUGGAGGGUGCCCUGACAACUUCACCGAUUCCCAAUGUUUAAAUCCCACUGCUGCUUUUCAAGGCUGUAUGAGGCUCAUCUUUAUUGAUAACCAGCCCAAGGACCUCAUUUUAGUUCAGCAAGGCUCCCUGGGGAACUUUAGUGAUUUACACAUUGAUCUGUGUGACAUCAAAGACAGAUGUUUGCCUAACUACUGCGAACAUGGAGGAAAAUGCUCUCAGUCCUGGACCACCUUUUACUGUGACUGUAAUGACACAAGUUACAUGGGGGCAACCUGUCAUAAUUCUAUCUAUGAGCAGUCAUGUGAGGCUUACCGGCACCAAGGGAAGACAUCAGAUUUCUUCUACAUUGAUUCUGAUGGAAGUGGACCACUUGGACCGCUCCGGGUUUUUUGCAAUAUAACAGAAGACAAGAUCUGGACUGCAGUGCAGCACAACAACACAGGGCUAACCAGAGUUCAAGGAGCUGGUCCAGAGAAGCCCUACACCAUGUCCUUUAACUACAACAGCAGCGCAGAGCAGCUUGAAGCUGUGAUAAACAGUGCGGAGUACUGUGAGCAGGAGGCAGCCUACUACUGCAAAAAGUCACGUCUCCUCAACACCCCGAAUGGAAUGCCAUUUGCUUGGUGGGUUGGACGUGCCAAUGAAAAGCAUCUUUACUGGGGAGGAUCACUUCCGGGCAUUCAGCAGUGUGCAUGUGGACUGGAAGAAAGUUGUCUGGAUAUGAGAUAUUUUUGCAACUGUGACGCAGAUAGAGAAGAAUGGACAAACGAUACCGGCCUCCUUGGCUUCAAAGACCAUUUGCCUGUAACUCAGAUAGUGAUCACUGACACAAACAGAUCAAAUUCUGAGGCUGCUUGGAAAAUCGGUCCUUUGCGUUGCUAUGGAGACAGGCAGUUUUGGAACGCCGCUUCCUUCAACACAGAGGCUUCCUACCUGCACUUCCCCACCUUCCACGCGGAGGUCAGCGCAGACAUCUCCUUCUUCUUCAAAACUACGUCUCUCUCUGGGGUAUUCUUGGAAAACCUUGGGAUGAAAGACUUCAUACGAGUUGAAAUAAGAUCCCCCAAAGAGAUCACCUUCUCCAUAGAUGUUGGGAAUGGCCCCACGGAAGCAACUGUGCAGUCUCCCACACCCCUGAAUGACAAUCAGUGGCACUAUGUCCGAGCAGAGCGGAACCUCAAGCAAACCAGUCUCCAGGUGGACAACCUCCCCAAGAAGGUCCUGGAGGCACCUGCAGAGGGGCACUUUCGGUUGCAGCUCAACAGCCAGUUAUUUGUAGGAGGAACAGCUUCCAGACAGAAGGGCUUUUUGGGAUGUAUUCGAUCUCUGCACUUAAACGGACAGAAACUUGACCUUGAAGAAAGAGCUAAAAUGACUCCUGGUGUUAAACCUGGAUGUCCAGGGCACUGCAGUAGUUAUGGUAACCUGUGCCACAAUGGGGGAAAAUGCGUGGAGAAGUAUAAUGGGUAUUCCUGUGAUUGUACCAGCUCAGCCUAUGAAGGGCCCUUCUGCAAGGAAGAGGUUUCUGCUUUAUUUGAAGCUGGCACUUCUAUUACCUACAUUUUCCAAGAACCUUACCCUGUCACAAAAAAUGCAAGCACUUCAAGUUCUGCUAUUUACGCAGAUGCCAUCAUGUCCAAGGAAAAUAUUGCAUUUAGCUUUCUUACGGCGCACGCUCCAAGCCUUCUGCUGUACAUCAACACCUACUUCCAUGAAUAUUUGGCUGUGAUUCUCUCCAAGAACGGAAGUUUACAGGUUCGAUACAAGUUGAGUAAGGAUGGACUGCUCAUCUUCACAAUCGACUCUGGAAAUUUUGCCAACCGAGAGAUGCAUCACGUGAAGAUCAACAGAGAAGGCAGAGAGCUCAUCAUUCAGGUUGAUCAAGUUAUCAAACUCAAACACAACUUUUCCGAGAUUGAUUUCAAGGCCAUCAAAUCACUUACUUUGGGCAAGGUCACAGAUAGUUUAUCACUGGACCCUGAAGUCUCAAAGGCAAAUGCUUAUGGUUUCACUGGCUGCAUGUCCUCUGUUUGGUAUAACCACAUUGCUCCCCUGAAAGCUGCUCUGCGCCAUCCCAGCAUUGCUCCUGUGACUGUCAAGGGUUCCUUGACUGAAUCCAGCUGUUCAUCUCUAAUGGAAGCUGAUGUGAACACAGCAACCACAAUAUAUUCUUCUUCAGAUCCUUUCGGGAAGACGGAUGAAAGGGAGCCUCUCACCAAUGCGGUCAGAAGCGAUUCUGCUGUGAUUGGAGGUGUAAUAGCAGUUGUGAUAUUCAUCAUCUUUUGCAUCAUCGCCAUCAUGAGCAGAUUCCUCUAUCAGCACAAACAGGCGCAUCGAAGUAGCCAAACAAAGGAGAAGGAAUACCCAGAAAAUCUUGAGAGCUCUUUUAAAGCUGACAUUGACUUGCAGAACACAGUGAGCGAGUGCAAACGAGAAUAUUUCAUUUGAUGGACAGUACAAUUUCUUUUUACUCUUACUCCCCUAAAUGUUUUUCCACCCUUCCUUUCUUCCUCCUAUUCUUCCUUCCCCCGACUCUUUUUUUUUCCUUAAAGAAAUUAUAUAUAUAUAUAAAUAUAUAUACACAUUUUUUUUUCUUAAUUUUUUUUUUUAUUUAUUUUUUUUUUUUUUAAAUCACCCUGCAAAAGAAACACUGACAACAAUCACAGUGCCUCAUUCUCAGCAUAACAACCUGGCAAUCACAGUUUACUUCUGCAGCUCAAGAGACCUGCUAUUCCACUCUAAAAGUAAGAUCCACACAUGCACCCGGUUUCUGCUAUGACUUCCUGGAUGUUCUUAAGUCUCUACUUUUGUGUAUCUUGUGUUAUUUUUUCCCCCCUCUUGAGCCAGUUAAUUCAUCACAUUUACAAUAGAGCUGGAGUAUGUAAGUAGCCAAGUACAUAGCUCUACAGAUACUGGGACAGGAGAGAGGGAAAGAACGAGAUCAAACCACCUGACUUAUUUUACAGGCUCAUUUACAGCAGCCGUAACAAACCAGAAAAAAAAAAAAAUCUCAAAUGACACGAAUAGACACAUCUCUGUUGAUCUCAGUGGUAGUACAUUAAUUUAUACCAGUUGAGAAACUGGUACAAGGUAAUGAAAAAUAAAGCUGUGUUUCUCAUUUAAGCCCCUUCCCCCAACCUCCUGUCCUUUUACUGUAACUUUUAGGCUUACCAAUUAUUUUCCAAGAAUGAAUGUAUCAACAACGAAUAUCGCUCCCAUAACACUUCUUUCACCUCCAUCUCAUAAGGCUGGCUUUGUAGACCCAACAUACUCUAGCAUAUCUCUAGCUGAAGCAUGGAAAAUAGUAGCUUGAAUCUCCAAGGGUUUUAGGAAGCUGCUAGGACUUAGGUGCACUAUAUUUGUCUGAAAUGUUAUAAAUGCAGCAUAUGUUCAUGACAUAUGGAGGAUUAUCAUGUGCUGAGGUUAAAUGCUGUUGCCACUGAGGCAAAUAAAAUACCACAAAAUGAAAAGUAGAAAUAGUUUAAACAUUAUAUGACAGUUACUAAAAUAAUUUAAAAUAAUUAGAAACAGUACUUCCAAGUGCUCAAAGAACCCUGCAAAAACUGCAUGAAAGAUUGAGUGAUAUUUCUUUAUAGUACCUGGAAUAACUGCUCCGAAGCUAAAUAGAGAUUUAAUAUUGUGUCUAAAAAGGUUAAUAUUUAAUCAAGCCUAUGAAAUCUGUGCGGGGAAAAAAAAUAAAAAACAACCCGAAAUGCUACAAUUAAAACCAACAGCAGAUAAGAUUAAUUAAAGGCUUCUGUCCUUUCCCAACUGGGAACAAUGCUGAAGGCUCAAAUCCUGCCCAUUUUAAUCGCACUGCACAGUUUUCGUAUGAGCCUCAAAAAUCUUUUCAGUCAUAGACGUAACACCAGGGAAUUGAGGGGUCCCUCCAAGGUGACGUUUUUCACACCUUGCAUAUUUACUUCACAGACCUGCUGAAGAGUAUUUAGAAUUUGCUGUCAGACUCGCAGGUUUCUCAUUGGAGUUGGAUCAAUUCAACAGCUAAGGGGAAAAAAAAACCAAAAAAAAACCAAAAAAAAAAAACAAAACCCUACUUUUUGCUGUAUCCUCUGGGUGAGGAUUUAGUCAGGAGAGCUACUGCACAGCUGAACCUCUUUGUCCCCUGCAUCAUCCUGGAGUCAUCCUGGGGUAUCCGCAUACCGAUUAUUUCCACAUUGAUUAAAAUCAAAGAAUUGCUGUGUGAGGUGAUGCUCAAUAGCAAAUUAUUGAUGAAAUUAGACAAGCAGUAGGUGCAUUUUGUUUUGUUUUCCCUCCAGUAUUGGUCACAGUUAUUUUUAGGAUGUUUUGUGAUGGAAGGAGAGGUCAGACAAAGAGGGAAAAAAAUAAAGGACAGGUUGGAAGCAAUGACUAUCGCUUUAUUUGAUAAGAAGUAGAAUCCAAAGAAGAGAAAACAAUCCUGGGAUGAUACUGUUCCUACACAAAGAAGAGUAUGUGACUAUCAGCACCAUGACCAGAAAACUAACUAAGCAAUUUUUACAAAGCUGGCUAUGCUGAAAUGAGAAUUGGUUACCUUCUUCCUUGACUAGGGUUUGAACAGCCUUUUUGGGUCAUGCUGUAUGGUAUAUGACUGAGAGCAAGAUGCAUAAUAAUAGACUCGUUAGCUGCGUUCACUAUUUUGCUUUAUGUCCCAGUAUGAAAUCCUGGCAAAGCAAUUCUCUCUUUUCUCCCUCCAUCCCCUAGAUAAAGCGGAAUGUUUUUUGUUGUUGUUUUUUUAAUGGUAUGAGCAAACACACAGGCACCUGCACCCACAUUUGAGUCAUCUUAUUUGAAGUGACCCCUGUAUGAGCCAACUCUGACAACCUAACAUUCUUAAUAAGCUUUAUGAAGAAUGGAACAGGAAGGAAGGGAAAGCAUAUAGAUGCUUUUUUCUCACCCCAUAAAACUAUUUCUCUGUUCAGACUGAUAAACACAAACCACCUUUCUGCUUUGCUACAUAUUAGUUUGUAGGAGUAAAAGUACUACAAAGGGCAGUUAUAGAGAGCAGAACAGAGGAAUACCUGGAGAAAGGACACUAAGCAGUGAAGCACAGUCCUCUCCUUUUUCAAGUGACUAAAUCACUUUCAGCCAUCAGAAUCAGAGCCUGAUUCUGCAAGAUGCUUAGAUUUCUCCAGGUAGAUUGAGUUCCCUUCACCAGAUGUAGAUACUAGCAUUGCUACAAACAUUUCAGAUACAGUUCAGUGGCUCAGUUCUGGGACAAGUGUGACUGGUAUGCCAUACACAGGCACAGACUGGCAAAACAGCGCAUCAUCUAUAUUUAUUUUCCUUUCCCUCAUUCGUUAUAGUACAGGCUGGUAAAAACUUCCUGAAAAUUUUGCUACAUUUGUGUGCUUCUGUGAAAAGAAAGAACUGCACAUACAUAAAUGCAUGCACAAGUACAAAGAAACACAUGCGUCUGUACCCAUGGAUGUAACAAGCAUGAAUGUUUCUAUGCUACAGGGCUGGAUAAAAACAACACUUUUGUAGAGGUGUGCAUAUAAGAUCCUGCUUUUAAGCCAGGUUGUGAAUGUUCUUCUAACUACAAGAAAAAAAAUAGGUAAAAGCUACUAUAGAAGGUAAACCCUUGCACUAUUUAUUUCAUUUAUUUAUUUCAUUGCAGUGCUUUCUUUACUGAAGGCAUCACUGGUUUACUUCAGUAUCAGUUAGUGACAAUAACAAUUAGAGGAAAUAAAUGUGAUUUAUCAAAAAUCUCCCAAUGUUAAGACUUCCUUCAUUUUCCUUAAUUCAAAUUGAAUAAUCUUCCCCCCCCCCCCCCCCAUCUACACUUGUGCUAUUUGUAUUAAAAGGGCUUUAACCCAGAGUUGGGGGGCGUUCUUGCCUGUUUUCUUCUAACUAUCAUCUUAGGUAACAGUUUUCAGUCAACAUCAAGAAAAAUCAUUCCGAGAUAUAUAUAUAUAUAUAUAUAUAUCACAGAAUCACACACACACACACACAUAUAUAUAUAUAUAUAUAUAUAUAUAAUGUCAGGGCUCAUUUUAAUGUAAAACCAAAGAACAUAGCCAGUUUUUUGAGGGUUUUGUUGUGGAACAUGUUUUGUUCUUUUCCCUAAGAAAAGCCUCAAAGAACGUAAGGGGCAAUCAGGAGGAUCCCAAGACCUGUUUUUUCCCUACAGUUACAUAUCACCUGAAAAUUAUUUCUUCUAGGGGUUUUUAGGCUACCAAAUACUGAGAUAUGAAUUUAGGCACUGCAAAUUCCUGUUUAUCUUCUAGAAAUAAAGCAUUAGCCCAAAUAACCAGCAGUGUAAUUUGCAGUAAGUUUUUCCAUAGUCCCUACUUGCUUACUGGAGAAAAGUCUACAAGUGUCUGGAGUGCAUUUUUGAUGUGUACACCUUUCACCCUCCUCACUCACCUUUUCUUGGCAUGGCACUACAAUGAAGACAAAGCCAAACACGAGAUAGGCUUUUAACUCAGACUAACUAAACUCAUUUGGGUGAAAGCAAAAAAAGGCUUUUCAAAAAAGCCAUUUAGAGUGUGGAGCUGCACUAAGAUUAACAUCAAUCAUGAGAGUCCCCUAACACUUACAUUAAAAUAGAUGGCCAAAAAUCAAAGAUGAGAUGCAUCUCUUCACUGUGUUUUAACUUGAUCUAGCCAGACUAAAUCCAUCCCAUUUAUCAGUCCCUAGGUUUUCACAGCAUAGAAAAACAUUGUUUUCAUGAGAUGUUUGCCUAUAUUAGCAUUUAGCUGAUCACACAUUUGUGGAGGAACAGUCAAUACAUGGUUUCUUACUAAAUGGAGGGGAUAUGAAUCUUCUCAUAAUUAAGUCUGCCAAUGAUUUUGCUUAAUGCAGGAUUGAGUCCUGCACCACAAAGAACUCAAAGACUGUCCUUGAGCCAUUUCAUUUUGUUUUGGUUGGCAUUUGUUUUCACACUUGUUUCAUACUUGUUUCACACUUGUCAUUAAGUCGGUGAGGAGAGCAAAUGUCUCAGGCUUAAAGAUGACAGAUCAGGUUCUAGAGGUGCAUCUUCCUCUCUGAUCAUAGAGAGAGAGUAUGAUCCCAGCAAUAGGCCAGCUACUUAUACCAGUAUUUACCUAUAUAAAGGAAUCUUGAACUACCCUUGUAGAUCCAGUAGACACAUCUGCGCAAGGCAGAUUCUUGGAGGUGCCAGCUUGGACUAGGGAAGGAUCUUCCUAGUAUCUAAAAGUACCCUAGGGAUCUUUGGUUAGGAAAUGCAUCUAUCUGCUUGUAGAUAUGUGAAAGUCAUGACUUAAAGCACCCUUGAGUCAGUGGCCAUCCUGUCAGUAAACUGGAGCUCAGAGAGAAUAGAUACAUCUCCAGUGUAUUCAAGAUCCAGAGUCCAUUCAUCGAUCAGCAUGGGACCUUUGACAAAUAGCAUACAUGUAAACAGUUCUUCAUAUUUCAUAGUCUAAAGCUAAAUCAGAAGCCUGAGAUGCAUUUCUACCCUGUAUGUCUGGUGCCAUUUGAAAUAAAAUAGAUUUUCUGUACAGCUGCAGCAUGGAUGAGAAUCUCCUGCCUGUCGCAUCUGUUAUCUGCUAGCCCCAAGUAGAUAUAUUACUGAUAUCUGUUGGAUUUUCACGUUACAGUAAGCAUCCAUCCAGAAUCCACAACUUCUAAAUGAGAUGAAUCCUUGAAAAAACCCAUCUUCAGAACAGUAUCAGCCUUCCUUUCUAUCACUGUAAGCCAACUGGUUGAAGUACAUCCUUCACCCCUGGAUAGCUGAGUCUUAAGAGGAAGCAGGAUUUGACUCCUUCGGACUCUGCCAUCUCCUGCCAUUGUUGUUUUUUAUCUUCACCUACACUAAGCUCACACUGAAGAUGAAUUUCAAGUAUUGUUUUGCACUGCUAGCUUUUCACAGACAUAAAGUGUCUUUUAUUAUGAUUUUGCAGAAAGCAACGCUGCGUAAAAGAGUUGAGCAGAAGCUGAGAGCUUGUGAGGCUCUCUAAGACAAGUGCUUUUUCAAAGCUUUCAUGCAGUUUUGCAAUGCUUACUUAUCAAACAAGCCAAGUAGUACAGCUACAUUCCUGCCAAAACAAAGGUGCUAUCCAGAACUCUUUGAGGUUGGUGGGAGGCCUCUCGGUCGACUACAGUUAGAGUUACAUCAUGCCCCUUGGGGUUUUCUUGACAAGUUACUCUCUCAGCCAUGCAGUUUCAAAGCAUAAUUUGUUUCUUUUGGAUCUGAACUUUGCUGUGCUUCCUUUUCCAAUGAAAAGUUCUCUGUGUCCCUUUUCAACACGAGUCCCCUUCUCUGUGUUCCUUUUGUACAUGAAUCUUCUAAACACACACUUCUUUGGGGUCUGAAAAAAGUCUUUUCUCCCCUUGGUUGUUUAUUUUGAACCAUGCCUAUGGGAGGCUGGAUAUCUCUACAUAUCGGUACUUAUUUUUGUGAUCUUUUGCACUAAGUUUCUCUGACAAAAAACUGGGGGGGAAAAAAAGCACUGGUGAACUAUUGUAAUUUGUAAGCUCGUUAUUUGUUGUUUGUAAUGUUCUGAGUGAGUCUACAAGCCAAGCUAAGGAAGGAUUAAGGCAACAAUUUCUGCUGACAGUUGCUCCAUAUCUGGUUCACCUCUGAUUUUUUCCUCUCUCUCUCUUUCUUUCAUUAAACUGGGGGGCUAUUGAAUUGGUGGUAGGAGACAGAAGAACUCAUGUUGUUGUGCUAACUUAAGGAUAUUAUUUUUCUCCUGGCAGUCACAGAAACCAGGAAUUUGAAGAAACAACACGAUUCUCAAAAUGUCAGCCAGAUAAUCGACAGACUGUACUCCACCACAAGCUGUAGUCACCUAGGGAUGGUGACCUGUAAGAGCAAAUGGGUACAUGACCUCACCAAAUUACAGUUGCAAUGAGGCAGUGCAUGAGGAAAAUGCUCUCAGAAAGGUAAAGCUGUUGGAACUCACACAUGGUAAUCCUCAAGUGGAAGUGGGUGGUUUCAAACUCUUUUUCCACAAUUUGUUUUUCUGUGGAAUGGAUUAAUAGUUAGCUGCCCAAAGCAUAGCCCUCAUUUUCCUGAUGCUCUGCCAAAUACUGGAUAUGUGCUUCAGUUAUCAGAGAGGAUAUCAAACCUUUAACUAGUAAUUAUUUGAAGGUCCCUAGUAAAAAAUCACCAGAGUUCUCACAGAUACAUCAGUGAAGGAAGACGAUGCCAUCCCCAACAGAAUCCUAACAUUUAAUGAAACAUUGGGUACAAGGGCAGUGUUUGCUUAGAGACUCUCCCCCAACCCCUUUCUCACCUCAGAUGCCUUUGACAGCUUUUUUUUCCUAAGAUUCCUGAUCACUGUUUGCAUCUCAGCACCCUUUGCUUCUCAAUAUGCCAGUCAUUUUUUCUUUUUCUGGGUUUCACCCCACAACCCUAAUGAAAGUCCAUCUGAUACAGUUUCUUCGUGUGAAAUUAUUUACUGGCUUUUGCAUGCCACAGCCUGUUACAAUUUCAUCUCGUAUCAUUUAGGCACGCUAUCCUUUGCCAUGUUUUGUCAUCGUUUCCAAUACUGAGCACACCUAUCAUUAAGAAAGAAAACUGAGGUAAAGCUUAGAUACAACAAGCUGCAGCCUUGGAUGCCACUCACAACACAGCUCAGACACCUGAGCCCACAUUGUGAACUUUCAGAUAGAGGUUAAGAGAGCAAGCAGGGGUUUUGUUUUGUUGUUUGUUUUCUUUUUUUUUUUUUAGGCAUCUAGA